CUGUUGAUAGUUGUCCGAUCCUCCCCCCAUGUGACCCCACUGCAUGCCCCUCUCCCGCAGAGAGAAAUAAGUUUUCUUUCUAAUAAUAUAUACUUUCAUGGGAAGACAUGAGAUCAAAGGAUUGGCCUUUUAAUGAUGGUGUUCUUCUUCUUCUGUCUUUCUUCCCCCCUUUUCCUUGCCCUCUCUCCAGCAUCACAUUGUUCUGUUUAAUUUUAUAGUCUUGUUAAUCAUCAUCAUCAUCAACAGCAACAACUUGUUGAAAAUUGCUGGCGGAUGGUUUUUAUAUAAACAUAUAUAUACGUGUAUGUAUAUGUCAGUUUGUAAGAGAUUGUUUUUGAAGUUUCUCUUGAUCUUUCUUUGUCAUCUGGUUUUUCUUCUUCUUCUUCUUCUUCUCUGAAUUGUGUCAUUUUGGAUUGUUCGUCAUAUUGCUGUUGUGAUUACAUAUUACAAUACCAAAUGGCACAAUUACCUCCGAAAAUACCAAACAAUAUGACACCGAGUUGGCCUGAUUUCUCUCAUAAGAAGUCACCUUCCAUUUGUAUUAUGGGGACAUCGCCACCCCACGAUGCUAAUGUGGUCAUUCCUACCGCUACCGCUAACACCACCGCUACCGUCUCAUCGCAAAACCCUUCGUGGGUUGAUGAAUUCCUCGACUUCUCGUUGACGAGACGUGGGACGCACCGGAGGUCGGUGAGUGACUCCAUUGCAUUCCUAGAAGAAGCACCGACAAUGCUAGAGGAAUGUCGUUCCACGGGUGCACCGGGAUUAGGGUCACGACAUAACAGUAGCAGUGACUUUGACAGAUUUGAUGAUGAACAGUUUAUGUCCAUGUUUAACGAUGAUAUCUCAAAUGCUGUGGCAGCUCCUAAUUCAAGCUCCACACCUUCUUCGCCGUCUGAUCAUAACAGCAUUAAUGACGAGAAAGAAGCUACGCUGUCUGAACGACAGCAACAGCAGAAAGUGAGGAAUGAGAAUGAUGAAGGGCAAAGUCUAUCUGAAUGGGAGACACCAAGUACCGUCGCAAGCGCAACCAAUCCUGCUACCACUUCUAAUGAAAAGAAAAUCGAUCCCAAGAGAGUUAAGAGAAUCUUGGCAAACAGACAAUCUGCUCAAAGAUCACGAGUGAGGAAACUGCAGUACAUAUCUGAGCUUGAACGUAGUGUAACAUCAUUGCAAGCUGAAGUUUCUGUGUUAUCACCAAGGGUUGCAUAUCUAGACCAUCAAAGGUUGCUUCUAAAUGUUGACAACAGUGCUCUUAAGCAAAGAAUCGCUGCACUGUCUCAAGAUAAGAUUUUCAAAGAUGCUCAUCAAGAAGCAUUGAGGAAGGAAAUAGAGAGACUGAGGCAAGUUUAUCAGCAACAAAACCUCAAGAUGGAUAAAACGAAUAGCAGCAUCAACCAGAACAAAUGACCCCACAACUCCUACUAACGAAAAAUAACGGCAGCUUCUUCGAGUUUAGCUCCUCUCCAGUGAUUGUUUCAAGAAUGUUAAUAGUGAAAAGUAAAUCCUCUUUAUCAUGUGACAACAGGGAAAUGGUACAAAGUGACAUGAUUUCAUUAUCUGACUAAUCCCUACAAAACAAUGAAGAAAAUUUUGGAGCAUCUUAAGCAUCCAAAAAUUUUUCUUGGAUGCUUAAUUAAGUGGGAUAGGAAUAUUUUGGUGUUUGAAAGCGAAGGUAGGUAGAGUUCAUUACUCUCUUGACCAUGCUUGGAAAAUUUACUGGGAAAAGAUAGUCACAAACAUUUUGAAGAGCUGGGGCCGAGAUUUGGAUCUCUCCCUGUGCUGCUGCCAACUAAGCUGUGCAUUCACGUGCAGUGUUCACAUCUUGCAGGGACCACUCAAGAUUUGCAUGAUUGGAUGCCUAGCAGAGAAAAUCAUGUGCAUCUGUGAUUUAAAAGAGCCCAAAAAACAAAAAGAAAAAAGAAGAAGUAGCUGAUCAGAAAAAA